AUGCCCCAGCAAAUAGCUCCAGUUGAUCGAGCGGUCUUCUCUCGCUACUUCUCUGCCACAGCAGUCAAGCGUGUCACCAUCGGCGGCGUCAUGAUUCCUCAGCUUUUUGUGCCGCCAGCUAUGUUCGUCGGAAUGCUCCUGACUCUGUGGGCCUGGAAAUGCUUUUGGAUCAUUGUGAUGCAAGACCGGCUCAUGUACAUGUCCUGGAUGCCUCCAUUCUCUCGCUCAGAGAAUAUGGACGAUUAUGAAAUCGAGUGUCGCCCUGUGCAGUGGCAGGAGUCCUACUUCCGAAGUCUGGAUGGCACGAAGUUGGCCAUUUGCAUCGGCACCAUUCCCCAGAGGGUUUCUUCGCCUUCUCUUUUGCCUUCUCCUUCUCUAGAGCAGCGUAAGCGACAUGUGGUGAUCUGUUAUUUUCAAGGCAAUGGGGGUUCCAUGCCCCCGCGGCUGCCGAUUCUCUCCACAGUGCUGCGAGCGUUGACUUCCUCAACAUUCUCCUCUUCUUCUUCCCCACCCACCGAUUACACGUUGGUGGCUCUAUCCUACCGUGGCUACUGGAAAUCCUCCGGUCGCGCAUCGCAAAUUGGGCUUGAGCGGGACGGCCAAGCUCUCCUAGACUGGGUUACAGAAACCUACUCGGCCCCCGAUACCGAUCUCAAAGUUGUUCUCUGGGGUCACAGCCUAGGCUCCGCGGUCGUGAGCCAUACUACAGCCACCUAUCUCAACCGUUUAACCUCUAGCGAGGGAGACGGUCCAGAUCACCCAGUCUCGGGGAUUGUAUUAGAAACCCCAUCGACCAGCACUAAAGAUAUCCUGAAGAAUCUGUACCCCCAACGAUGGCUGCCCUAUCGAUACCUGUGGCCUUUUCUUUGGAACAAUUGGAGUACCGCCGUGGCAAUUACCCGGAUUGCUCGCUGGCGGGACGAUGCUCCAGAAGAACGGAGAGAACCCCCCGCGAUCCUGUUGCUCAUCGCGGACCAGGAUGAGAUGAUUCCGUCCACGGCGGCGGAUGAGUUGGAGCGGUUAUGUCGACAGAAUGGGUUGGAGGCCGAGCGGAAGAGUGUCGCGGGUGCGCUGCAUACGGAGGCUUUAUUGAAGCGUGAAGGGCGGGAAACUCUCCUGGCAUUUAUUCGCCGAGUGACACAAAAAUAG